GAGUCCGGCGCACUUCCUGGGGGCUUGGGUUUACCCUCUGUGUAAUCUUUCUAUUAAAAUCUGCUGUGCUCUUCUCCAGGCCUGCCCCCUGGCCUUCCCCCCUCCUCCAUGCUCAGCUACCAACAGCAGCAGCACUUGCUGCGUAGAGGAACUGCUCCUAUGGCCCAGAUGAACUCUCACAGUAUCUGGGAGAACAGUAUGGGUUUUGGUCCAGUCAGUAUAACCCUUGGAAUAGUCACACACAUGGAGGAUAGUCCACUAAUGUCUAUAAUCAAUGAGGUAGGCCUUCCUACACGUCCUCCUCAGGGUAGGAGCGAUGAAGGACGGGAUUUGUCAGAGAGGGUCCCACCUCCACGCUCUUCUUCCCCUGUGAUAGGCUCCCCUCCUGUGAGGGCAGUGCCUAUUGGCACCCCGCCAAAACAGCCAAUGAGCCAUGCCCUGAAUCAUCAGAUCCACCAUCCCACGGCGGUUCAUGUGAGAGCCCCGAUCCAGCACAGAUACCCUCCUCCUUUCCCUGAGCGUUUGUCACCCAACACCCUCCUCAAUAUAGCUAACUCCCCAUUAUGCCGUGGUCCGUUCCCCCCUGGAGUGGGUCCUGUUCUGUCUCAGAUUCAACGGGCCCAGCUGCUCAACUCUCAGGUUGGUGCCAUAAGGCGCGUUCACACCGCAGUACUUUUCCCACUUUAGUUCCUCAGAACUCUU